AUGGAUACCGCUUCCAAUGGUCAAAACAUGCAAUCCGAAUCUCAGAAAGCGGGGGAAAAUGAAAAAAAUAAAAGUAAACCCGGAGACACGCAGGGGAACUGUUAUUGCGGCAAAGAAAGGAAUCUCAACAUAGUGGAACUGUUGUGUGCAUCAUGCAACAGGUGGUAUCAUGAAUCUUGUAUAGGAUAUCAGUUAGGAAAACUGGUACCGUUUAUGACGAAUUACCUCUUCAUAUGUAAGAACUGUUCACCAACUGGUUUGGAAACAUUUAAAAAGAAUCAAGCUCCUUUCCCUCAAAUGUGUCUGACCGCUAUUGCAAACCUCAAGCAAGAGAGUGCCAAAGACGGCACUAACAGGACCUUAUUCAGUAAAGAUAGAGAGAUAAUUCCCUAUAUUGACCAAUAUUGGGAAGCCAUGACAACUAUGCCAAGAAGGGUGACCCAAUCUUGGUAUGCAACAGUACAAAGAGCUCUCAUUAAAGAUAUUCAAGUGCUGUUUAUUUAUGAAGAGGAUCCCACCCAAGGGCCGAUGUUUGGUUUAUUCAAUAUGGAAUUGACUAAUAUCAAGCCAAAUUAUGAAGCCAUGAUCAAGCAAGGACAACUCAAGGUCACUGACAUGGGAAUUGCAACAGUUCAACUAGCUGGUAACGUAAAGGGUCGUCAAGGCAAGCGACGUCCCGUAGGUGUUGAAACAAGCGCACCCGUCGGUAAAAAAGGUCGAUCAGCUGAUUUGGGCGCUUUAAAACUACCCUCGCACGGCUACCCGACCGAACACCCCUUUAAUAAAGAUGGAUACCGCUACAUACUGGCUGAACCCGAUCCACAUGCUCCUUUUAGACAAGAGUUCGAUGAAAGCAACGAAUGGUCUGGAAAGCCGAUUCCUGGUUGGUUGUAUCGCUCAUUAUGUCCCGGGAUAGUACUGCUUGCCUUACACGACCGAGCGCCUCAGUUGAAGAUAGCUGAAGACAGACUUGCUGUGACCGGGGAAAAGGGAUACUGUAUGGUGCGGGCUACUCACGGCGUUUCCCGCGGCUCGUGGUACUGGGAGGCGACCGUAGAGGAGAUGCCCGAGGGCGCCGCGGCCAGGCUCGGCUGGGGACGGCGAUAUGCUAACCUACAGGCACCUCUAGGAUACGAUAAGUUUGGAUAUUCGUGGCGCAGUAGGAAAGGGACAAGAUUUCACGAGUCCCGUGGCCGUCACUACAGCGCUGGCUACGGCGAGGGCGACACUCUCGGCUUCCUUGUCAUAUUACCUGAUAACGGCGCCGCUAAAUACACGCCAAGCACGUACAAAGACAGGCCUCUAGUUAAAUUCAAAAGUCAUCUGUAUUAUGAAGAUAAGGAUAAUAUUCAAGAAUCUCUGAACAACCUCCGAGUGCUCUCUGGCAGUAAGAUAUAUUAUUUCAAGAACGGAGAAUGUCAAGGCGAGGCGUUUGUGGAUAUUUACCAAGGAUGUUACUAUCCGACUGUAUCGUUACACAAGAACAUCACAGUCAGUGUGAACUUUGGACCGAAUUUCAAAUAUCCUCCUAAUAUUGAACAUAGCUUUAGACCGAUGUCCGAAAAGGCUGAAGAAGCAAUAUGUGAACAGACAAUGGCAGAUUUAUUAUUCCUUACCGAAAAUGAGGGGAAAUUACGUUUAGACGCAUUCAACCUCUGA